AUGUACCUCUCCGCUAAGAUAAUCAAUUUGGUCGCAAUUAGCUUUCCAUUUAUUUCAAUGAUUGUGUACUCCAGAUUGUUGCUAUUGAUAUUUUGGUACAAAACGAUCAAAAAGUCGCCCGAGUUGUAUUUGUUCUAUUGUAGAUUUGUGUUCGAUUUGGUUAUUUGUGUAAUCAGUUUAGUGAAAAUGAUUAUCUAUGGGCUCUCCUUGACAAGCCUGUACGAUUUUUUCCUCAACAAUCAUUGGCUCACAUUUAUGUUCGUCUGGCCUGUGAGCUCUUUUAGCUCCCUGAGAGCCAUUCUUGUUUUAUUCAUUGCAUUGGAUAGAGUAUGUGCAACCUACCUCCCAAUAACUUUUUUCAAAUAUCGGAAACUCAUCCCAACAUUCGCCAUCGUUGGUGUAGUCCUAUCCUAUUCUAUAAUCGACACGUCUGUAGUCUUCAUCAUAUGCAAAGUGGACCUGAACACUCCAACGGAUUGUAUAAAUGCACUGUGUAUUUUUGGUCCGUGUUAUCAACAAUACUGGUUGGUGUUCUCUAAACUCUUCUAUGCCAUGAUUGUUAUUCUAACUCUUAUGCUAUGUGCAAAACUUUUUAUAUGGAACAAGUUGAAGAAACAUAAUGUUAAUGGAGAGUUGAGGAGGGCCAACCGUCUAGCCCUAAUCGACGCAUUCAUCACAAUUGUCUUCGACUUUGCCCCUCCGAUUAUUCAUUCAACAUAUCCCAAUUUUUUCGACUAUGUUGGAGCUAUCAACUCGGUGUCACAAACACUAGGAUUUGUUGUGGAGUCCUGGUUAACCACAUUAAAUCUGGAGAAGAGAUAUCAGGUCAAAAAAGUGACUGCGUCUGGAAAAGUAGUGUUCCGACAAUCCACAGCGGAUAUGACUUCCCUAGCUGCUUGCUUCGGUCUCAGCAUCUACGCAAUCGCUGUAAAUUUUAUAUAUAGAUUUUUUCGCUCUUCAAAGGCUAACCGACUGGCACUAAUUGACACUGGAUUCUUGGUAUGCUUCUUUUUGGUGCCUCCUAUCAUCCAUGCAAGCUUUCCCGGAGCUUAUGACGAUCUGGGUCCAGUGAAUUUGACUUUUAAAACUACUGGAUUUGCAAUCGAAUCAUUUUUUGUUUAUUCUAACUUUCGACAACAGAUUACAACAACUACUAGAGUUAAGUCAUGGUCAGAUACUUGA